GAUCGUCUGGUUUCGGUUGAAGCGAAAGUCAUGGAUCUCCUUGACCUCCUUGUCCGGGCCGACCAGCUCGUCCCACAGUUUCGGCUCGGAGUAGAUCAUGAUUUUACCGGGUAAGUACAAGUGCUUCCGCGCGGGCUCGUUCGCGGGAACGUUCACUUCAUCGCACAGUCUCGUCCACACGUCGUACACGACUUCCCAGAGGCACUUGAGGUGCCUCUUGAAAGGGAUCUUCAUCUCGAGAUUGAUUUUUUUCGGGGCGUACCCGUGCGCCGGGUACAGCCGCGCGACGCGCUUGUCGUCGCUCGGCGAGUAGCAAUCGACGCUGACCAGGUCACCCUUCGCGGGCGUCGUCUUCGUCGUCGUCGUCGUCGGCGGCUUCUUAUUCUUCUUCUUCUUCUUAUCCGAGGCGGGCGCGGUCUUCCUCUUCUUCGUCUUCUCUUUCUCUUUCUCCGCGGCGGAAACUUUCCGCUUCUUCCCUACUCCGAGCGCGAGCGGCUCGCACUGGGAGUGAAACGUCCAGCACGUCAGCGACUCCGCGUCGCCGUCGUCGUAUCGCACGCUGAUCGGCCACCUGUCGCCCUUCACCACCGUCUCGACCGUCCCCUCGAACCACUCGCCGUCGAACUUCUUCCGGACGCGAUCGCCCACCUCGGGGAGGGGCGUCCCCGGUCCCUCGGACGUGUCGUCCGCCGUCUCGAACUUCGCGUGGAACUGAUGGGCCGCGCACGUCUCGACGUCGCCGUCGUCGAACUUCACGGCGAUAGGGUAGCGGUCGCCGGGGGUCGCCUCGAGCACCUUCCCCGAGUACCACGUCUUUCCGAACUUCUUGCGGACGCGAUCGCCCACCUCGGGGAGGGGCGGCGAGGCGGAGGAUCUCGUCGCGGAGGAUCGAGUGUCUUCACACUGGUCCCCAUACGACCGCGUUCGCGUUGUGAAUGCCGAUCCUUAAGGACUUUUCCUUCCUCGCUCACAACGUUCGACCCCACGCACGCACGACGCCUUUCAACUCCGACCGACGCCUCGUCGCCGCGCGUCCUCGGACGAAUCCUCCGAACUCGGCGUCGAAUUGCGCGAACGUGCACGUCUCGACGUCGCCGUCGUCGAACUUCACGGUGACGGGGUAGCGGUCGUCCGGCUUGGCCUCGGCGACGCGUCCAUGGUAGUCUUUCCCGUCGAAGUUCUUGGUCACGCGCUGCCCCACGGACGGCUUGCCGGCGG